ACUUGAAAAUGUGUACUACUUUGUUUCAGCAGUUCAGUAUGGUUUGUUUAGCUUUGUAACCAUAGCAACGUAGUACCAGUGCAUGUUGGGAAACAGGAAGUAAAAUUGCCAUGUGGUAAUCAGCUACAAGAAUGUGUGAGCUCUACCAGCUGUCAGUUUCUGAGUCGCUUUUCCUUCUCCCUUUUUGCUAAGGCAACGUCUUUUCACAAAAUUCCCAGUAAACUUCAUGGAAAUGUAUCAGCCGUGUCCUGGAGUUUCUUGGGAGUGUUUAAGCUGAAUGGAACAUAGCCCAUGACAGUGAAAAGACGGCAACACAGCUAACGAGGGACACAAGGAAUGCCAUCCUACGGAGCAACUCAAUACCAAGAGAUAAGCGGCUAAUGCUACAGCUUCAUGUCAGCUACUCACUAGCUUCCUUCUCCUGAUAUUGAAAACGCAGUGAGUCACAAUGUCACAACGUAGCGACAGUAAAGAAGGAAAUGAAGAUAACCAGUCUCAGACUGUGCGCUCGAGAAGCAGUCGCUCAUCUGGUACAUCGUCCAGCUCGAAGAUUAGCAUGGCCGUCGCCAUGGCAAAGGCAAAAGCUGAAGCAGCGCAAGCUAGAGCGGCACAUGCCCAAAAGGAAAUUGAACUUAAAGUGGAGCAGGCACGAGUUCAAGCUAAUCUUGAUGCAUUAAAUGAUGAAAAAGAAAAGGAUGCUGCCAUAGCAGAGGCAAAUGCUCUUGUGGCUGGUUUACAAGAUAUGGGCUUUGAAGUGCGCAGUGAGCUUAACAGCCCGGUCCCACAAUCGGUCACAGACCAGCGCGUCGCCGCCUAUGUGUCGGCACAAGCCAGCCUAUGCAGCAAGGGUCUAACUGUCAGAAGAGGGAGUAACUAUGCGUCGCCAUCUCUUCAUCCUCCACACCCUCAACCAAUCAAUGUUAUCCCUUCAACACAACACCCACUCAAUGCAAGUCAAACCCAAGCUGCUGCUUCUGCCGACAUUAAGCCACACCAAGUUCCUCAGGCCCCCCAGACUAGUGAGGCACCGCCACAACAAAGCUUCAAUCAGCCUCCCAACUCCUCUUCAGGUCCUCAGCUUGGUGGGAAUCGUCCGCAACAGAACCUCAAACUGGAUUCCUCAUCUCCUGCGCACCCGCCUGCUCACAGGACACCUUAUGGAGCUAGCUACGACCAUUCUACGUCCACUGGAGACCUCAUCAAAUACCUUGCUCGCAGCCGCCUGGUGACUUCAGGCCUCACUGCAUAUGAUGACCAGCCAAUGAACUAUUGGGCCUGGAAAACAUCGUUCCUGAACGCUAUCGCUGAUCUAGACUUGUCUGCUGCAGGAGAACUCGACCUCCUCACCAAGUAUCUGGGAAAAGAGUCAGCAGAACAAGUAAGAAGAAUAAAAACAGUCAACAUUAAGGACCCAGCAACCGGACUGCACAUGGCAUGGGGGCGCCUGGAUGAAAUAUAUGGCUCGCCAGAGGCCGUCGAACAGGCUCUGUUCAACAAACUAGAAAACUUUCCGAAGGUCACAACAAAGGAUCCACAGAGACUCAGGGAUCUAGCCGACCUGUUGUCAGAGCUACAAGCCGCCAAGGAAGAUGGAUACCUUGCAGGCUUGUCGUACUUGGAUACCUCCAGAGGAAUUAAGCCUAUCAUUGAGAAACUCCCAUACAACUUACAAGAAAAGUGGCUUUACUUUGGUACAAGCUACAAACAGAAACAUUUUGUUAGCUUCCCACCUUUCUCCGUGUUGGUAAACUUCAUUGCCACGGAGGCAAGAGCUCGCACUGACCCAAGCUUUAACCUCUUCAUGCAAGCCCCAGCAGAAAGAAAGAGUAAGUGGGAGAGGCCUACAAAGACAUCCGUAUAUGUUCACAAGACGCAGGUCUCAGGGACUGCUAAGGCAGAGUGUAGAGAAGGUACGGAACGAAUCGACCCAAAUAAACAUUGUCCUCUGCAUAAGAAGCCCCACCCUCUGAGGAAAUGCAGAGGCUUCCGUGAGAAGAGCAUAAAUGAUCGCAAACAGCUUCUGAAAGAGCAUUACAUCUGCUUUCGCUGUUGCUCCUCUACGGAGCAUCUCGCAAAGAACUGCACCGCUGAGAUAAAAUGUACAGAGUGUGAGAGCACUGCUCAUGUGACAGCGCUUCACCCCUGCCCACCUACCUGGAAUUCUAAGUCGUCCCCUUCCACUUCAGAGGAUGGCGGGCAGGAGGACAGAGCAGACAUCCAGGAGGUCAAGUCGACGUGCACACAAGUAUGUGGUGAAGGACUGAGUGCCAGAGCAUGUGCUAAGAUCUGCCUCGUCAGUGUGUUCCCAAACGGAUGCAGGGAGAAGUCCAAGAGAAUGUACGCCAUACUGGACGAGCAGAGCAAUCGCUCCCUGGCACGGUCGGAGUUCUUCGAGGUUUUUAAGAUCUCCGGAGGUUCUUACUCAUAUACCCUCAAGACCUGUGCAGGUCGUUCAGAGACAGCGGGGAGGAGAGCCAGCGGUUACACUGUGGAGCCAGUGGACAAGAAAGUAAGCAUUCCCCUGCCUACACUCCUCGAGUGCAACCAAAUCCCUAACGUUCGCGCUGAGAUUCCUACGCCAGAAGCAGCCUACCAUCAUGCCCACCUGAAGCGCAUCGCCGACAAGAUUCCGCCUCUGGAUCCGGACGCCAAAAUACUCCUCUUACUGGGCAGAGACAUCUUACGGGCGCACAAGGUCCGAGAGCAGAUAAGCGGCCCAGGAGAUGCACCGUUUGCUCAAAGGCUUGACCUGGGAUGGGUCGUCGUCGGUGAUGUGUGCCUUGGAGGUGCUCACAGACCACUUGAGGUAGGGAGUUACAAAACAGCCAUCUUAGAGAAUGGUCGUACGAGUCAUCUUCAGCCAUGCGACAAUCAAAUCAGAGUGAAAGAGUUGUUUGGUCAGGUGCCUAAACAUCAACAUCAUCCAGCACCAACCUCCAACCGUGACUCAAUGAUGCUCAGCGUAGACUGCUUGGGGCAGACUGUCUUUGCUUGUACUCCCGACGACCACAGAGUCGCUCCAUCCAUGGAGGAUCUAGAGUUUCUGAAGAUAAUGGAAGCUGAGUGCUACCAGGACAGCUCCAAAAGUUGGGUUGCACCUCUACCCUUUCGGUCGCCGAGACAGCGGCUGCCUAACAACAGGAAACAGGCUUUUGACCGUCUUGUCUCACUACGGCGCUCAUUGGAAAAACGACCACAGAUGAAAGCUGAUUUCCUAGAGUUUAUGGAGAAGAUGCUCAAGAAGGCACAUGCAGAAGUUGCCCCACCAGUGCAGCCUGGACAAGAGUGUUGGUACCUGCCUCUGUUUGGCGUGUAUCAUCCUAGGAAGCCAGAUAAGAUCCGUGUAGUCUUUGACAGCAGCGCGUCAUGUGAAGGAGUGUCGCUCAACGAUGUCUUGCUCACUGGCCCUGACCUUAAUAACAGCCUGCUGGGUGUUCUCAUGAGGUUCAGGAAGGAACAGGUGGCAGUCACCUCCGACAUCGAGCACAUGUUCCACUGCUUUGUCGUUGAGGAGGAUCACCGUGAUUUUCUCCGCUUCCUGUGGUACAGGAACAACGACCUUACCUCCAACAUCGUGGACUACAGAAUGCGGGUUCACCCUUUUGGGAACAGUCCCUCGCCUGCCGUUGCAGCGUAUGGUUUGCGACGGGCAGCUAAGGAAGCAGAAGCCGACUAUGGCAGUGAUGCAAGACGAUUCAUCGACCGCGAGUUCUACGUUGACGACGCCUUAAAGUCCUUCAGCUCCGAGGAAGAGGCCAUCAGCGUCCUCGGACGGGCACAGAAGAUGCUUGCAGCUUCUAACCUCAGGCUGCACAAAAUCGCUUCAAAUCGACCGGCAGUCAUCGAAGCAUUUCCAUCCGAAGAUCGCACCAAGGACGUCAACAGCCUAGAUCUCUUUGUUGGUGAUCUGCCCAUCCAACGUAGCCUUGGAUUGUUCUGGAACAUGCGCACGGACACCUUCAUGUUUGAAAUCAAAGAUGACCAGAAGCCAUUCACUCGCAGAGGGGUACUCUCAACCGUGAACAGCCUCUACGAUCCUCUAGGGUUCCUCGCACCCAUCACGGUUCAUGGAAGACUGAUACUCAGGGAACUCACCACGCAAGCAGAGGACUGGGACUCACCUCUUCCCAAAGACAUGGAGCUCGAGUGGACUAGAUGGAAACAGUCACUCCAUGAUCUACAGGGGCUCCAGAUACCACGCCCUUAUACAUCCUUCUCCACCGCAGGCGCGCUAAGAAGAGAACUCUGUGUCUUUGCAGACGCAUCAGUCAAGGCAAUAGCAGCCGUAGCCUACAUCAAGGUGACAAACCACCAAGAACAGACUGAGAUUGGCUUUGUCUUCGGGAAGGCAAAGUUGGCCCCCCAGCCUGGCUUGACUAUCCCGAGACUUGAGCUCUGUGCGACCGUACUCGCCGUCGAGAUCGCCGAGAUGGUAGUCACAGAGAUGGACACAACAUUCGACAACAUCACAUACUACACAGAUAGCAAGGUUGUAUUGGGAUACAUCCAGAACCAGUCAAGGAGAUUCUAUGUCUACGUACACAACAGGAUCCAACGUAUCCAUCAAUCACCUUGUUCCGGCCAGUGGAAGUACGUUCCAACGCACCUCAACCCAGCUGACAUUGGGUCAAGAACUGUGGCACCAGCCUUGCUUAGCAGCACAACUUGGCUCAAAGGACCAGCCUUUCUACAUGAUGCAUCUUCGCAUUCACCUGAGGUUCAAGAGACUUAUAACCUUAUUGACCCUGACACUGACUCUGAAGUGCGUCCCCAGGUGGUGACAAGUCUCACACAUGUUACCAGGAAUGUGGUACACCCACAACGCUUCGAACGUUUCUCCAAGUUCAGCACUCUCCUGACAGCCAUAGCGCACCUCAUCCACGUGGCUCGUUCCUUUGCCCACUCCACUCAGGAUGAAUGUCAGGGGUGGCACAUCUGUCGCUCUACAGAGGAAGAGUUGCUGAGGGCCAAAGUGUGUAUCGUGAAGAGUGUCCAGAAUGAGUGCUAUACAGAGGAACUUAAGUGUAUCAACUCAGGAUCCAACAUCCCAUCGUCAAGCAGCCUGUGGAAAUUGCACCCCACCAUGGACCAAGAUCAACUUCUUAGAGCGGGAGGUCGGAUUGGACAGUCAGAUCUGAGCAUGAACGAGACUCACCCCAUCAUCAUUCCUGGCCGGCAUCAUCUUGCAACUCUGCUUGUGUCUCACUAUCAUGAAGCAGUGAAACACCAAGGAAGACAUCUUACUGAAGGUGCCAUUCGAGCGGCAGGGUUCUGGCUGGUGGGAGCUAAACGCUGCAUUAGCAGUCUGCUUCACAGAUGCAUUACUUGUAGAAGACUGAGAGGAAAGACCGAACAUCAGUGGAUGGCAGCUCUGCCAGCAGAACGGCUACAAGUAGCACCUCCCUUCACCUAUGUAGGUGUCGACGUCUUUGGACCAUGGGACAUCGUCUCACGCCGCACAAGAGGAGGAGUCUCCAACUCUAAACGAUGGGCUGUGAUGUUCUCAUGCAUGUGCUCAAGGGCAGUUCACAUCGAGGUUAUUGAAGCAAUGAGCACCAGCAGCUUUAUCAACGCCUUGAGGAGGUUCUUUGCAGUCAGGGGCCCUGCAAAGCAGAUCCGCUCUGACUGCGGAACUAACUUCAUCGGCGCCUCUCGUGAACUAGAGAUGGACAAGACCAAUCCAGGCUUCAACAGUGUGGAGGAGUACCUGGACACACAGAGCUGCACCUGGGUAUUCAAUCCGCCCCACGCGUCUCAUAUGGGUGGCGCGUGGGAACGAAUGAUUGGCAUUGCCCGCCGUAUUUUGGACUGCAUGCUGCUUGAGGAGAGGAGGUCUCACCUGACACACGAGGUUCUGACCACACUCAUGGCCGAGGUAGCUGCAAUCAUGAAUGCUAGACCGCUCAUCCCAGUGUCAUCGGAUCCGGAAUCGCCUCUCAUCCUCACCCCAGCAAUGCUCUUGACUCUUAAGACAGGCUCUGCACCUCCUCCUCCGUCAGGAAGCUUUGAGGAAGCGCAUCUCGUCAGAGAGGAGUGGAAGCGGGUUCAGAGCCUAGCAGACAUGUUUUGGAACAGAUGGAAACAUGAAUACCUCAAAACAUUGCAGCUUCGGCACAAGUGGCAAGGAAAAAGGCCGAACCUCCAAGAAGGAGACAUAGUUCUCCUGAAAGACAAUCAGGCAAAGAGAAAUCAAUGGCCUAAGGGUAUCAUCGCAAAAACCUUUCCAGGAGAAGAUGGAUUGGUCCGGAAGGUUCAAGUGGAAGUCCGUCAGGAUGGAACCAGGAAGACUUUUCGCCCCUCGCCCCUUACAGAAGUGGUCCUGCUUCUCUCUCCAAAGACUGAUUCUGUUAGUUAA